UGAGCCUGCAGGAAGAUACGAGUGUCGCGAGACCACUUUGCUGAAACUUGCCGGUGCGAACCUGUCCAGCAGGAGUGCGCUCGGUGGAUUUUUUCCGAAAGUGCGGUCGAGGACAAUGCUCGACGGUUGCGUGUGAGAAAUUUUGGAAUUUUUGACGUGAGUUUAUGAAAUAUUCAGGUGAUGAAAGAAGGUUGGAAGUUCGUCGGGGAACUUUCUUCUACAAGUUGAAGAGAUAAAAAUCGACGAUAGCAACGAUGGCAGCAUAAUCCAGGCUUACUUAUGAGUAGAUGCUGCACAACGUAUUUUUGCUGGCGUAACCUCUUCGUCUUCAACAACUGGUAGUCAACAUUUUCUCUGAAGAGAAUGCAGAGGGCGUUGCCUAGAAAUGCGGGACCGUCCACUUCGGACGCCGACGCUACCAACCCCCUUGGACCCAUGGAGGCCACUUUAUCUUGCUUAUGGGUGCUGACACCACUGACGGCCACUGUAUCACUCCUAGUUGUUAUUAUAGCCAUGUUUACUAAUCAGUGGUUGCACACCGAAGAGAAGAUGAAUAAUCCAUCGUACAACGGAACUGGAGAAAAGGAUUAUUUGUCUAAACUUACCAUUUCAGGAUUAUGGAUGCUUUGCUUCACCAACCCUGGAGAGACUUUAUAUGACUGCAACAAAAUCGACUACUUCUCUAAAGAGGAAUACAGUCCCGAUCCUAAUGAUUCUACUAUGGCUAUACCAUACACAGUAACGAGGUCUGUGAUCUUUUUCUUGGCAGCUACCCUACUCCUGUGUAGCGGUUACUGCUGCUGCAUACUGGGGCAAUGCGUCCGCCACCGCACCCUCUACACAUUCAUAUCCGGAGUAAUUUUCAUAGUGACGGGUCUUGUGAUGCUCUUCGGCCUCAUCAUGUACAUUUCCAUCUUCAAAGCCGAGAUCGGCAGCAAACUGCGUCCUCAGUCUCAGCUCCAACCGCCGGCUUUUUACUACUGGUACGGCUAUUCCUUUCUACUCUACGUCAGCGGUUUAGUUACGACACAGCUGGCUGGAAUUAGCUCGAUUUUUCUCUUCAUCUACAAAGUCCAAUACGAAUGGCAGCGGAAGCACCUCGAAGACAUGAAACGUGGCAAAGCUCGCAAUCCUAUAACAUUCACCCACUACGACCCCUCCAUGUUCUACCCUUGUCGUAGACAUCCCCAAGCAUACAUCAACUCCAACAGCGCCAUCCAUUUCCCGGCCAGUUAUCCGACGCCGGUGCUCCAUCAGAAACGUUAUUUCUUCAGUAAAGAACCGUUGCAGGAGUCGCCUUGCAGCGUGCAUCGACCGAGGUCGCACUCGAAUUCGUUGAAGGAUGUUUCCAACUUCUACGACUUUCCGCCGCCACCAACGAUAAGUUAUCAGUUUGACGAGCAUUUCGGAAGUCCUAUCGGGAGAGAUUCAACGCUCCCCAGCCGACACUUCCCCCGAGACAUCACAACCAACACAGUGUCAACGACGGCCGACGUGAAUUGCGACGACUUCCUCGGCGAACCCUUCGACGACUACUCGCCGAGCAUCCAGCACGAGUUCGUCACCUUCGACUUGGACCAGCCGCUGCCGCUGAGGGCGCAAAGCAGCGUCUCCAUCGGCUCGCGGAACGGCAACGGCAGAAAAACUUUUGAAAGUGACACGCUGAGGAGGACUACGCCAGUUUGAAAGUGGCAUUUCCUGAUUUUGUAUACUCUAAUGCGGUAUUCGACGAGAAUAAGCGCUCCGAAGAAUGCUCAUUUCGUGGACGUUCGUGUGAUAUUUUACGAUCUAGUCAAACAAAUUUUUACUCAACCUUUUAAACUUUAAAUCAAAGUCACUGAAACAUCAUCAAAAGUUGUUUGUACCCGAAUAAUUAACGAAUUAACGGCGACACGAAUUUUUCAAGUGAAUGAAAGACCUAUUUUGUAAGGGCAAGAAGCCGUUGUUCCGAUUAUUGUGUGAGAGUGGUUUGAUUUCGAAAGAGGAGAGUGAAACGAGGUAACGACAGCAGCUUACAUAGUGCGCUUAUGAUUCUGACACAAAAAGUCAUUCCUAUGUCUAAUAUGAAGUAGUAACUUAAAUUGAAUUGACAGCACCAAAGGAAAUGAAGAUCGGUUAUUUCAACGCAAGAAGGUUCUAUCAAAUUGCAUACUACACUAAGAACGAUAGUGACGGCUUUUUUAAAGCACUGGUUCUAAUAUUCCAUAAUUUGUAAACAAAGACUCACCUAGAAAAAACUAACUCAAAACAGUAUAGAGAACUUUCAUCGUCAAAAUACAGUCAUAAUUUUGUAACAUUACACACUCUGUUCAUGUUUCUUUCAAAUGUACGGAAAUUGCAAUCUGUCAAAAACAAUCAGAGGAAAUAAUUUACACUAUUAAACCGAUCUUGAUUACAAGACUUACUACUCUUUCGUAAAUGGGCGGCAUGCAGACAAAAUUUCCAUCUGUCGUGUUAGUAAAUGAUUUAUCAUGUUGAUUUGUUUAUAGUUCUUUGCUCUGGUGCCACCCCUAGCUACCAGACCAUACACUACUCUGAUUUAACCUACUCGGCACUAAACAGUUCUGACUAAUUCAAGAAAUUUAUAAACAAUUUGACAAUCACGCUCUUAUUGCUAUUGGUUUUCGAUAUUUUAACAGUUACACAUCCCAACACAUUUUGGUGCCUUGAAAAUAAAACUAGUUUCCUGUAAAUAGAGGCUGUUUUUCUUUCUAUAUGUAGAUGUAGUUUUAGAUAUAUAUACUCGUACAAAACUUUUCAAAGCAUUCAUUUCACUAUAAAAGUAAAAUUUUUAAAUUUAUGAACUAAAAAACAAAACAAUUUGUCUUCACGGCAUGUCCAAUGUGUAACCAACGUUGUUUUUUUUUUAAUAAUUAGAAAACUCAUAUGGACAUAUGAUUUUAUUACAAAACAAAAUCGAAAUGCUCGACAGGGGUGAGAACAAAAAUCGUUUCAUGGUCCUUCGUACUUCAUGCAAUGGGCCACGGAAGACUACCAUUUACUAGGCAGCACCUAGGCAUAGUAGUUAAUUUUUAGGGCUUGCAAACUCAAAUACCGCAAGCAUUAGGAGCUCUAUUAAAAGUGUAAAUAACCGUGUCAUAAUUCAUCUUAAAGUAAUCUUUAUGCUAGUCGGCCAUGCUUAAAGUUUUCAAAAGCUCGAAACACAGGGCCGGAUUCACUGAAGGGUGUAGACAAAAUCGACCUAUUGUAGAGCAACUUAACUUCACCACAAUAAGAAGCAGUCGUAAAAAUGCAGUCACUCUGGGACUACUUUAACAAGAAAAUCAUUUACAAAUAUCAUCCCAAUCCAACCUUGUCCUUUUGUAGGACCAAUGGGAAAAAGGAUACAAUACGAUGGUUUUGUUCUGUUUUUCACUACUGCUGCUUUCAUCAGUCGUAGCG